UGCAAUGCCUGGAAUAAGUUUUACAAAGUGGUAAAUCAGGAUGACACCAAUGCAGGCUAUGUAAUUUGUGCAUUUAAUUUAGGCUAUUUAUUUAUUUAUUUUGUAUGUGCGGCGUCACUGCUGAUAUUCUAGAGCUUUCUAGUCUCGCGGCUGUCAUCAGCAGCAUCUUGCAUCGCCCAGUCAGCGGAUGGCUGAUGUGGGAUGUGGGAUGGCUGCGUGUGGGAGCAUCAGAGACACAAAAUAACACCCCAAACCCAGAAAAAGUGAGUUUUUCAUAAUAUGGGCGCUUUAACUGGAUUUGGCUUGUCAUGUUAAUUUAGCCUAUUCAGCCUCCAAGGUAUGUUCUGUAUGCUAUUGUGUAUAAUAUCGUUAAUGUUACGUAAACAUGUACAGACACCUAUUCAGCCUGCUGUUCUGUACCAUUUGCCCUUUUUACACAGACAUUCCAGAAAAUACAUAAUGCACCCAGGAUUUUUCUGGGAUCGAUUUGUUUUUUGUUCAUUCACACUGCCAAUGAUUUGCCAGAAUCUAUGUGUGCGUCAAGACACGUGACGACGUGUUCAAAUGCUUGCAAUUUCUUCUCCACUUGCAUGCAUUUUUUAUUUAUGAUAAGACUAUAAAGGAGCGCGUGAGGUGCCGUUCUAUGCUGGUGAAUGAUUUUAGCUUCAGAGUGGAUAUUUGAAAAGCUCGAUCUCUGCUUAAUUCCAGUUUGCAGAUGUAUAUCAUCGUGAUUGUUAAUGUGCAUUUAAAACCUCUGUUUUGAGGAGCUGAAUGAUAUGUCUUGUUGCGCAUGCAUUUUUGUUUAUUAUAAGCUCAUAUGAGCAUGUUACAUGAUAUUCUUUUAUGCUGCUGAAUUAUCACCGCUUCAGCACAGUAAGUGACGAGAUAAGUUAACGUUCCCUAAUAUCUGAUUUUUUCCAGUUUGCUGACAUUUCUCAUCGUAAAUGUUGAUCUGCAUGUUAAUCUCUCGUUUUAAAGAGCUGAACCAUAACUUCUUGUGAUGACACGCGUGUCUUCACUAUGACAUGCCCAUUACGGCAUUGUUUUCUUACUAGGUCCUCUUUCCAGGAGCAAUCCCAGAAGAUUUACAGGAUGUGUUUGCGUUCACACAGAAGCUUGUCUGGCAAUUUUACGGGUAUUUUUUAAGACCAAAGUGCUGUGUGAAUGAGGUUAUUGUUUAGUUGAAUAAUUUGCCUUUCCAGAUUAAAUGUCUGUUCUUGGGCUUGGAUUUUGUGAAAUAAUUUUCUAUAUAAAUGUGAUUUAUAGUCCAGUGUGACUUGUAUAUGUUUUUUCCUCUUCAUGAUGCAUUUUUGACUGAUGCGUCUUUUACUCCGGAGUGACUUAUAGUCUGGAAAAUAUGGUAUUGUAUUCUUUUCUCUCUUCAUAUAAUUUCAUUCAGGCUGAGCAGACUCUGUGUAGACACUGAAAUAGAUGCCGCCAGUGCAGACAUGUUUCACAUGCAGCUAUAAUUUAAGUACAAGUAUUACGUGAGGUUUAGGUCAUGUUUUUAGUCAUCUGUACUUUUGUCUGUUGACAAAUAAAGCUGAGGAACAGAGAGCUUAAACAUGGGAGGUAGAGAGAAAACAGCACUCUUUACUUCUCCCACAGCGUCCACAGAUUAAAAAUAAAUCAAAUAUAUAAACGUGUUUCACUUUGACAUGUGUAACUAACUUUUAUUCAAAACCGUAAUCCCACAAUCAAAAUAUUUAUUCGAAUUAAUAAAAAAAUAAGUAAAAUCACCCAGGUUUACACAAAGCAUAGAUUCAGAUCUGUAAUUAAUGUGUAAGAAAACAAGUGAAUCAUUACCCCUCCAUAACAUAAAAGCCAAUCUGAGUAUAACACGAGAGUCGCAUUAGAAAUUAACCAAUUAUCUAUUUUAAAUAUAACUACAGAAGUGAAACAUUAAAGUCUAAAAAAGAUGGUGAAUGUUUUACUGACAUUUAAUGUUUUAAUGUCUCUUCUUUCAACUUUAGUUCACACCCAUAGAGUGAAAGUGAUUGAGAUCUUCAGUGAAGCUCCUCCUACAACAAUCCACCAAUAAAUGCUGGAGUCAAACACACAGAGAAAUCACUUCAUGUGUGACAACUGAAAUCUUCAUGACAUAAUGUUGAUGCUGGUGAAAGAGGAGCUUGAGAAGAUGACAGAUCCACAACCAUGCAGAAUAAAGGAUGAAGAUACUGAGGAACAAAUAGUUCACACCGAUAGAGUGAAAGUGAUUGAGACCUUCAGUGAAGCUCCUCCUACAACAAUCCACCAAUAAAUGCUGGAGUCAAACACACAGAGAAAUCACUCCAUGUGUGACAACUGAAAUCUUCAUGAUGAUGGUGGUGAAAGAGAAGCUUGAGAAGAUGACAGAUCCACAACCAUGCAGAAUAAAGGAUGAAGAUACUGAGGAACAAAUAGAUAUGAUGGAAGUGAAAGAGGAGAGUCAAACUGAAGUAGAUGAGAAACAUCAGAUUGUAAAAAUAAACCAUAAAGUUUCACAGAAAGAAACUCUGAAGACAGAAGACAUAAAGUGUGAAAAUAGUAUCAGUGAAGAUGAACGCCCUGCAGAUCACAAGAGGACUCACAGUGAGGAGAAACCUUUCACAUGUCAACAGUGUGGAAAGAGUUUCAGAAGAAAAGUUAACCUUAAAGCACACAUGAGGACUCACAGUGAGGAGAAACCUUUCACAUGUCAACAGUGUGGAAAGAGUUUCAGAACAAAAGGUCACCUUAAAGCACACAUGAGGAUUCACAGUGGAGAGAAACCAUUCACAUGUCAACAGUGUGGAAAGAGUUUCAGAAGAAAAGAUAACCUUAAAGAACACAUGAGGACUCACAGUGAGGAGAAACCUUUCACAUGUCAACAGUGUGGAAAGAGUUUCACCUCUCAAUCGAGCCUUUACCGGCACAAGAAAGCUCACAAGGGGGAAAUGUCAUAUGCAUGCCAACAUUGUGAAAAGAGUUUCCCAGAUAAAAGUCAACUUAAGAUACACAUUAGAGUUCACACUGGAGAGAAACCUUACACUUGUCAUCUCUGUGGAAAGAGUUUCGGAACAAAACCUAACCUUAGAGCACACAUGAGGACUCACACUGGAGAGAAACCACAUGUGUGUCAUCUGUGUGGAAAGAGUUUCAGAACAAAACCUAACCUUAAAGCACACAUGAUGAUUCACAACGGAGAGAAACCACAUCCAUGCCAUCACUGUGAAAAGAGUUUUAUAACUGCAUUUAAACUUAAGAUACAUUUGAGACAUCACACCGGAGAGAAACCUUACACUUGUCAACAGUGUGGAAAGAGUUUCUCUGUUGAAAAAAACCUUAGGAUUCAUGCAAGAAUUCACACUGGAGAGAAACCUUACACAUGCCAUGAGUGUGAAAAAUGUUUCAGAGAUAAAAGUAACCUGAUAACACACAUGAAAAUUCACACAGGAGAGAAACCUCACGCUUGUCUUCAGUGUGAAAAGAGUUUCAGUACGAAGCGUCACCUUAAGAAACACAUGAUAACUCACAGCGAAAAGAAACCUCACGCAUGUCCUCGGUGUGAAAAGAGUUUCAGAGAUAAAACGAGACUUGAGACUCACAUGAGAAGUCACACUGGAGAGAAACCUUACAUAUGCUAUCAGUGUGAAAGGAGUUAUACAAGUGAAAGCGUUCUUAAGAAACACAUGACAGUUCACACAGGAGAGAAACCGUUCACUUGUCAUCACUGUGGAAAGAGUUUUACAGUAAAACGUGAGCUUAAUGCACAUGUGAGAAUUCACACUGGAGAGAAACCAUACGUGUGUCAACAGUGUGGAAAGAGUUUCAGGACAAAAGCUUACCUUAAAAAACACAUGAGAAUCCACACUCAAUAGAAACCAUUUAUGUGUCAACAGUGUGGAUAUGGCAACAAAGUUUAGAAAUCAGCUGAGGUCUUAUUAAUAAAACUGUCUGGAGGAUCCUUACUAAAAGUCUACAUGCACACAAAAGCCAAAAAUGCUGUACAGCAAAAAAGAUUCAGGCUGUUCCUCAAUAUGCAUUCUUGUCUGUACUUGUGUUCUUGUGAAACGUCAUCAUUUGUGGCCCAAGUACUGUUCCAAUUCCAAGUUCACAUAACAUCUCAGGGUGUGUUUUUGAUCCGUUCAUUUUAUCGAGGAUGCAUCAGGAGGUGACUUGUGUGGACUUAUGACAGACAAGUUUCCCAGAACUUCAAAUCUAUGGUCAGUUAGUUAAAAUAGGACCUAAUAUUAAAACUUCCUCCCGACAAUUUUGGAUAUUUGAGUUCAAGUUGAUCAGCGGGCAGUCAGUGUCGUGUACACCGCCAAGGGCAGAUUCAUCUUGGCAAGUCCUUCUAAAAUUUGCCGCUGUCUCCGUGCAGCUGCUCUUGCCCUUCAGUGUCUGAUGGUCAAACAUGAAAUAUUUCCUUUGGAUAUAUCUGAGAGCAAUUUUUUGGUCUCAUCAAUUUAUUACUCUUUAUUAUUCAUAUGAAGUCUGUUAUUUGUUAUUAUCGUUUUAACUGAUGUUAAAGUUAAGUUUCAUAACUUAAAUCACAUAUAUUUUCUAUAGAAUCUUAACACUGAAUCACUGCCUUUUGUACUUUAACUAGAUUUUUACUUGUUUAUCUUCAAAACACUAUGGGUGAUGUUACGGAUACUACGUCCAUCUUUUUUACAGUCUAUGGUGCAUACGCUGAUUAGUUAAGCACAGAGGCAAUUUUGGGGAUUUCCGCCUGGAUUUGGACUACCCAAUUUCAAAAGAUUCCCAUACCCAUUUACAUUUAGUCAUUUAACAGAUGCUUUUGUCCAAAGCGACUUACAAAUGAGGUAAACAAUAGAAGCAAUUAUAGCAACACAAGAACAUCAAUACAUAAGUGCACUGGAAAUAGUCUUAUCAAGUCUAACACAGUAUACUUAGCCAUGGGUUAGUGUUUUUGUAAGAAUGUAUAGAUAGAGAUCAAGAAUAAAAGGAAAAGCCAAGAUAGUAAGUCUUAUAUUAGAAUAUGAGGUAAUGGCAGGAGAGAGGGUUUUUAGCCGAUUCUUAAAGACGACCACAGAGUCAGCAGAUCGUAUCACGACCGGCAGAUCAUUCCACAGUUGUGGAAGAGCUCCUGAGAAGGUACGCUAUAAUGUUUUUUCCCUUUUUGAGAUGGCACCACAAGUCGUCACUCGGUGGCAGAGCGCAGGGAUUGAGAGGGUACGUAGGGCUAUGUAAGCAAGCGAAAGUAAUGGGGUGCUGACCCAGUGGUGGUUUUAAAGUCCAGGAGCAGAGCUUUAAAUUUGAUGCGAGCUGCUAUAGGGAGCCAGUGUAACUUAACAGAAAGGAGUGACGUGCGCCGCCUUUGGCUCAUUAAAGACCACUCUUGCCAUUGCGUUCUGAAUCAUCUGUAGGGGGUUGGUUGUGCAGGCUGAAAGUCCAGCCAGUAGUGCAUUGCAGUAGUCCAGACUGGACAGGACAAGAGCUUGGACUAUGACCUACGUGGCAUGCUCAUCUAGGAAAGCUCUAAUUUUCCUAAUAUUGUAGAGAAUGAAUCUACAAGAGCGGGCAGUGCUGGCAACAUGGGCUGUGCAGCUAAGCUGAUCAUCAAUGACCACUCCCAUGUUUUUGGCUGUCCUGGAAGGGCUGAUGGUCAAGGAACCUAGCUGAAUGGAAAGGUUGGGUUGAAUCUUUGGUUCAGAUGAUAUGACAAGUAGUUCUGUCUUUGCAAGGUUAAGCUGGAGAUGGUGAUCCUUCAUCCAGAGUGAGAUGUCCCUCAGGCAUGCUAAGAUGCGGGCAGAAACCGUGGGGUCAUCAGGGCGGACAACAAGUAAAGUUGAGUGUCAUCCGCACAACAGUGGUAGGAAAAUCCAUGUUGUCGAAUGACAGAACCCAGGAAUGUCAUGCAUAUUAAAAACAGCAGUGGUUCAAGCACGGAGCCUUGAGGAACCCUGGUAUCGAGACCAAUGUUCCCUCUAAUUUUUUUCAGCACUGAGCAAAUUCUUUUUUUCUGAGCGCAUAUUUCAGUACUGUGAGCAAUUCGCAACCACACGACCUGCCGAAAAUGACCACGAGCCUGCGUUAACCAUAGGAGAUUCGAAGAGAUGACAGUG